ACCAGAGUUCUAAAGCAAGUUCUGCCUAACCUGGCAGGAACAUUCUCACACCAGGGAACAUGAGUUCCUGGACUCUGUCUGGGGCCAGCUUAGAAGGCGGGUGGGUGCAGCAGAGCAGGGCAGGGGCAGGGCCAGGCACUGAAGCGAGGCCACAGCCUGGAGCGAGCCAGUUCCUGGUGGCUGUUGGGUGGCUCAGACAGCUCCUUGCCUCCCCAGCCAUGGUUCUCCCUUUGCCCUGGCUCUCCCGAAGUUGCUGCCGUCGCCUCCUCCUACCAUCCUGGCCCCCAGCACUCCAGGGCUCCUGGAGGUGCUGCUCCCAGGGUCCCAAGGCAAGCACAGAAAAGACGAGCUCCACAGGCACUGGGCAGACGUCACCUUCCAGGGACCCCUGGCCCCGCCCCACAGCUGAGCUGGCCCAAGCUGAGGAGCUGCUGGAGCAGCAGUUGGAGCUGUACCAAGCCCUGCUCGAAGGGCAAGAGGGGGCCUGGGAAGCCCAGGCCCUGGUGCUCAAGAUCCAGAAGCUGAAGGAACAGAUGAGGAGACACAGAGAGAGCCUGGGAGAAGACGCCUAAGCUUUCCACCAGUUGCCACUUCACCCUCCUACGCUGGAAAUACUGCACACACUACCCUCCCCAGCCCUUCGAUCAGAAACAUCCCAGCCUCUCCCAGGCCACUAAGGAAACGGAAGAAACCACCACAAAGGGCCAGAAAUUUGAAAGUAGUGAGAAGCCACUGCAGUCUUUUCAGUAACAUCCCCCAGUCUGACACCUCCUACUGACCUCCGCCCCACAGCAGUGUACACAGUCCCCACGGGAAUUUACUCUGGAUUAUGCCCUAAAAUAGCCUCAGCCCAAAUCCAAUAAAGGGACGGAGCGCUUACAGACACCA